CUGAGUGCUCGUUCAAAGGUCUAGGCACAACCACAAGUCCUAUUGUGAAUCAGAUAGGUCUGAUAGGCAAAAGCAGGCAGUUGGCACGGCUAACACACGCAUCCGUCAAGUAGCAGGUCUAAUUAGUUUCCCUAAGGCAUCCGCUGCGAUUCAGCACACUCGUGCCUCGCAUCCUGAUCUGCCAAAUCCUUGAUACUGAGGCACGAAGACAUCGUGCGUGCGGCAGCGUGCACACCCUAUCCCACAGAAUGCCCUCUACUGCUCACAAAUCAAAACGGUGCACUCGCGCGAAACCAUCCUUUCCUCUCCUCGUAGGCUACACGAUUACGGCUGCAGAAUUCAAGGAUGCUGUCACCCCCUUGCCCAGGUAUCAGAGAUUGAUUCAGACGCCGGGGGGCCGCAGCUAUAACGCGGCAUUAAUCUUUUCCAUGUCGUUCAACUACUUAUACGGCAUUCCAAGCCCAAUCUUCAUUGACGACGAAUCUGAAGACGACAGUGACCUCACUGCAGUUACAACUAGGCCCCUGCUCUUUCCAACUCGCACCGUUCCCCAAAAUUGGCCGGAAGCGCAGCGCGCGGAGUCUCCCUGGGAUCAAACCGUACUGAAGGACAUGGUGGACAAAUUCGAAAGCAUCGGCGGGAGGAUCAACUUGGCCCAGUUCAAGUGGAAAGUGGCACGGCCCGAGUCCCGCGAUUAUCCCCUCGGGUACAACUUCCAGGUCGCGCUCGAUGACGAUCAAAUCCCUCCUGUACGCCGAGUUGAGUAUCCCGACGCCUAGUUAAUCGCUGUAUCUACACAAUUUUAUCGCAUUGCUUCGAGUCUGCUAUUCCAAGAAAAGUGCCGUGAGUUCUGAAACGACGGCGCACGGGUCAUGUUCACCAGCUACUGCUCUUACUAGGCACGACCGCAAGUCCUGGUUAUGCUGUCGCUGUUUCCUUGCGAGGCAGGUCUUUCGCUCCCUGAGUUCCGUUCUAUCCUGGUCACAGGGCCGUACCACGCGUCUGCACCCGUACACCUCUUACUAUCUCGCGCCACUCUGUUCCCCGGGACGCGCGCCGUCUUGAUCACGCCCUCACAGGGAGUCAUCGCAGCCGCGCUUCAAGAACACAACGACGCUUGGCUCUCUACACAUUCCGGGCAAGGAAGGACGCUUGAGCUGUCCUGGUGCACAACGGUCUACUAUCCCCCAACUCCCGCCCAUUUCGCGUUUCUGCUGUCUAUGCUCUCUACAGAUGUCGACAAGACCCCCUCUGAGACUGUGCUCGAGGGUCAGCUGUCACUUAUCGUCCUCGUCGAAUUGUCUGCCUACUUCUUGGGGGAUGUGCAGGUCAAUCCCGAUCGGCAUUCUUGGACACUGUCCUCGUACAUGAGCUUGAUAGCUCAUGUCUGGGCUUUUGUUGGAGGUCUCGGCAAGGACUCGCCAGUAUCUGUAGCCUUGUUUGAUUCCGGGCUAGAGCGACUCAAACUCCCCAUUGUGAAGAAUCCUUCCGCAGAAUCGAAACGGCCAAGCAGAGACGAAAAUGCCAUAUUCUUCGUGCAGAAAUAUUUUGACACCAUGGCUGUCUUCGAGAAAGACGACGAGCUUGCCGUAGACUCUUCCCAAGACGAGGAAAACGAGGUCUUUGGGAGCGAAAAGCAAAAUCGUGCGCUGCUUUAUAGCCGUGCAGGCAGAAAUCCGGAACCGACAGAGACGCUGCGAUGGUGCGAACGAAGAGUGUCUGGCGGAGGAGUCUUGUUCGUGAAGAGAAAAGUCGUUGCGUGAUGAGACCCGUCAUUCUGGUGAGCGAGAGUGCAUUCGUGAUCAUUAAUACAGUACAGUCAAGUAGUAUGGGAAAUGGCGCAAGCUGCUAAGUUGUCUGAGAAGGAUAGUCAGCUUGUAACGUUGCGAAAAGAGGCCGAAAACAGGAAUGCAUCAGAUCUGGCCUUGUCCAUUCUACACUUGAAGCCGGUGCAUAAACCCGAAGAAAACAAAACGGUUACAGCAGUAGCCAUCCCUUGGGAUGCAUUCGGAAUGCCCGAGGGCAUCACCACGACGUAUAUAAUCACGGUGUAUCA